CUCAGGGUGACGAAGCCGUGCCAAACUUAAUAAUUUUCUGUCAUGUCACGGAUUUCCAUCGGUCCAUUAUUUGGCAGUCUAUGCCAAAAAACGUGGAACCAAAUCUAGACAUGUAAAUGGCUCGUUAAAGUUUCAGAAAAUGAAAUCGUCAGAGAAGCUCCUCGCUUCCCAAUUACCGUCAGAAUGAAACUUAUAAAAGACGUUCUCAGUCAUGCUCUAGCACUUCCUGUGUUGUUGACUUGGCGGGAAGCAAAGGUAAACGAAAAUUAGCGCUUUGGGUUUGACGAAGAAUCGAAACGAUUUUCUAAAGAGGAACGACAAAGCCUUACGAUAUGUGCGACGACACGGUCACCGACACGGUCACCGACACGGUCACCGACACGCCCAUGGACACAACGUCCAUGAGCGAGGGCUCCUCGGGUCUGAAGAAAGAGAAGAAUGUGCCUUGGAUCGAGAAAUAUCGUCCCAAGACCUUCCAGGAAAUUGUGGGAAAUGAAGAAACUGUCUCACGUUUAGCUGUGUUCGCCCGUGACGGUAACGUGCCUAACAUCAUUAUUGCGGGUCCACCUGGGGUAGGCAAAACUACCACUAUUCUCUGCCUGGCCCGAAUUCUCUUGGGAGCGGCUUUCAAAGACGCGGUCCUGGAGCUGAACGCUUCCAAUGAGCGCGGUAUUGAUGUGGUGCGCAAUCGCAUCAAGAUGUUCGCCCAACAAAAGGUGACGCUGCCGCGCGGCCGCCAUAAGGUCAUCAUCCUGGACGAGGCCGAUUCCAUGACAGAAGCCGCCCAACAGGCCUUGAGGCGGACCAUGGAGCUGUACAGUAACACCACGCGCUUUGCCCUGGCUUGCAAUUCCUCCGAGAAGAUCAUCGAACCCAUCCAAUCGCGUUGCGCCAUGUUGCGCUACAGCAAAUUGAGCGACGCCCAAGUCUUGGCCAAGAUCUUGGACGUGUGUGAGCGUGAAAAAAUCGAUUAUCUGGACGACGGUCUGGAGGCUAUCGUUUUUACGGCCCAGGGAGAUAUGAGACAGGCGCUGAACAAUCUCCAAUCGACCAAGGAGGGAUUCGGCCUGGUGAAGGCGGCCAAUGUGUUCAAAGUUUGCGACGAGCCACACCCGCUUCUGGUGAAAGAUAUGCUCACACAUUGUACCCAAGGAGAUUUGGACCAGGCCUACAAAGUGAUGAGCCACUUAUGGCGAUUGGGAUACUCGCCUGAGGACAUUAUUACGAACAUAUUUCGCGUGUGCAAGACCCAUUCCAUGGCAGAGUACCUGAAACUCGAAUUUAUCAAGGAGAUCGGCUUGCAACACAUGAAAAUCGUCAACGGCAGCACAUCGCUACUCCAAAUGGCUGGUCUACUGGCCCGAUUAUGCCUCAAGUGCCAAGCCUGAGGAAACGAAACGGAAGGGUCCCAGACAAAUAUAUUUUUUAUUAUCCUUCUUUUUUCCACUAGCCAUGUAAUAAAGAUUUAGUAUUAUCUCAA